UUCUACCUUUUUUGUUUGUUCGCGCUCUAUUAAAUUUCUUAUCAGUAUUUUUUUUUGCAUAUAGUCACUGUAACGAGUUUGUGCUGUUAAAAUACUCAUUUACUAAAUAUUCAUCUAAAAUCAAUGGCUAUUUCCUUAAAAAUAGGCAUUAUUGGUGGUUCAGGUUUGGAUGAUCCAGAUAUAUUAGACAAUAGGAAAGAAAUUCCUGUGAGUACACCGUAUGGAAAUCCAUCAGAUGUCAUUAUUACCGGAAGCAUAAAAGGUGUUCCUUGUGCUUUGCUUGCAAGACAUGGCCGCACACAUUCUAUAAUGCCAUCUAAUGUUAAUUAUCGUGGUAAUAUCUGGGCUCUUAAAUCUAUAGGGUGUACUCAUUUAAUUGUAUCCACUGCGACUGGUUCUUUAAGGGAAGACUAUAAACCAGGAGAUUUGAUAAUACCGAAUGAUUUUAUUGAUAGGACAACCAAAAGACACCAAACGUUUUAUGAUGGAAAUGAAAGUUCGCCUGAAGGCGUUUGUCAUUUGCCAAUGCUCCCGGCCUAUAAUGAACGAAUUCGGGAUAUACUUAUAAGAACAGCGAAAGAGUUGGGAUUAAAAGUACAUCCAAAAGCUACAAUAGUGGCAAUUGAAGGGCCAAGGUUUUCGUCUCAGGCUGAAAGCUUAAUGUUUCGUCAAUGGGGGGGAGAUUUAAUCAAUAUGACAACAUGCCCGGAAGUUGUUUUAGCAAAAGAAGCCGGACUUUUAUAUGGUUCUAUAGCGAUAGCAACAGACUAUGACUGUUGGCGUGAAAAAGGUGAAAGUGUUACUGUGGCUGAUGUUUUGAAAACUUUUUCAGCAAAUGUUGAUAAGGUUAAGAAAAUUAUUAUAGCGGCAGUCGAAAAUGUCUCGAAAGAAGAAUGGACUGAAGAUAUAUAUUCACUUAGGAAACAAGUGGAAGAUAGUGUUAUGAAACCGCACAAUAAAUAAUUAUCUACAAAAAGAGAAACACUGAACGUUUUAUUACGUAUUUUGUUUUAUUAUAUGUACUUCGCUUUAAGAAAUUGUUUAUUUUGAAAAUUGGGGAAUAAAAUUUUCACAAAAGUAUGCACAAAUA